AUGUCGUAUACACCACCAUCCACGGAUAUGUUCGUCUUCGGCUCAGCCAUCACAAAUGAUCCGACCCAGCACGAUCAUGUGGAAAAUAGACAUUAUGACUACUUCAUGGCGCUCCGCUUCCACAUUUCCAAGACAGAUCCCCGAGGUCCAGCGCUAUGCCAAAAAGAUAUGCCGAAUCCCUUCUUGCGACCAGGUAGUAGGAGAUAUCGAAACCAAGGAAUUACGGUAGAACAGUGGGAUCAUCUACAUCUUCCUCUAGACCCUUAUAGAGCUUUUGACGAUCAUACGUUGGCUGAAGUGGAUGAGAUGUUGGUUAAAAUGGAAGAAAUGAAUGGCGAAAUCACACAACGUCACGAUUCCGUACACUCAAUAUCUGCCGCUACAACACCACCGCUCAACCUCACCAGCGGUAAUUCCACUCCUGUCCUCUCAUCCCUACACUCUCGAAUCAAGUCCUGGAAACCGAGGAAAUCAACCACCUGGCCCCUCAAAUUUACGAAGCACGCGCCAGAGGAAAAUGCCAAAGAGACGAGACAUGCACCUUUGAUUUCCAUGCAGCUCGACGAUGAUGAGUUGAGGAGACAAUGCAGAGUCCUCUUCGAAGGACUUUAUAACCCACAUCAUGGCCUCGUGGAGCAGAGACGAAAGCGAUUAUACGAGCUCCUGGGCGAACAUGCCGAGUUGAGGAAAUUGACAGCGCUGGAAGUUGGUGAGAAAGAUGACGAGCAAGAUGAGGACGACCGAAUGGAUGAGAUAUACGAUGAAGACGAGGAAGCACUCUUCCAAGCACGAGAAGAUACCUCCAACAACAACCCGUCCUCCACCCCCACGCACAAGAAAGUGAAGAAAUCUUGGUCUUGGAAGAAGGUCAAGAAGAUUGCGACGUGGCCACCGAAAUCUAGACGAGUGGGCAAGGACAAGACAAAGAGGCUUGAAGAAGAUGAUGAGCAGGAUCUUGCAAAUUCGAGAGGGAGACAGAGGGAGAGGUAG